ACCUCCCACCGCAGUAUUCCACUUGACAUCAUCCCGAAAUUUUGCUUUCGCAAAUACCUCGCCGGCCGGCAGCGGAAAGGCACUUACUAUAGCAGACAUUUCUUUCUCAUAUACUACUCAGCUAGAGUACUCAAACCAUGCCACCUCUCCGCUGCGCCAACGCGCCGACACCAGCCAAGCUCUUCGUGCAGCUCAGCAUGCGACGGCAAGCCAUCUCGCCCUCGCCCGCACUGCCCAUCCUCGACCUCCUCCUCCCCCGUCUAAGCACCAGCGCCGGGGAACCCUCCCUCCGCGCGCGCCGCGCCCUCUCAACUGCGAACGCGGCAACUGCCACCACAUACACCACGUAUCCCUUUCCCUGUCCCCGGCACAAAAUUCCGACCUUAUGGCAACAGCGACUCCCCGGCGCCACAUCCUCUCAUCAUCGCUCAUUCACCACCACCCCCUCCCGGCGCGCAACGCACACGAUAUUCAACCCGCAGUUAGACGAAGAUGGCAAUGAAAUGCGCCUGGAAAUCACCCCGCGCGCAGCAAAGCGCCUCACCGAGAUCAUGGCCAAAGACCACAACCCCUAUCUGGCGCUGCGCAUCCAGGUCGAGUCGGGCGGGUGCCACGGGUUCCAGUAUCUCAUGAAGCUCGUCACCCUGCCUGACUCUUUACCCAGCCUUGGGGAGAAAGACGGCGGCGAGGCCUCCCCAGACAACACCGAGUCAGCAGCAACAUCCAAUGCUAUAGUUAUACUGGACCAACCCUCGCUGGAGCUUCUCAAGGGAAGCAAAGUGGACUUUACGAUGGAGCUCAUCGGGUCGCAGUUCAAGAUUGUGGAUAACCCCUUGGCCACGAGCAGCUGCGGUUGUGGCACGAGUUUUGACAUCAAGAUAUGACGGGUUUCCUUCCAUGUUGAUAUGGUGUAUAAAUGAUACCCAUUGAUAUUCGAGCACGGGCUGAACAAGACCACAUGUAUGUACACUGCUACCUAUAGCAACAGAUAUAGACACAUGCCAGGCCAGUACG